ACCACGUGAGCCACCAGCCCCACGCAGACCCUGGCACGCCAUCACCGCUGCCUGCGUCGUCUCUGCUGGGCGAAGAGGCGAGAGCAGAGGUCACGCCACCGGCCCGGCGCCCCACAGCCGGAGGAAGCGGAGCGAGCGCCAGAUCCAGACACACCAGGAAAAUGGCCACGGCGAGCGAGAAGGCUGUCACCCGCCGGCCCAGGGUGGCUCCUGCUGAGAGGAUGAGCAAGUUCUUGAGGCACUUCACUGUGGUCGGGGAUGACUACCAUUCCUGGAACAUCAACUACAAGAAGUGGGAGAAUGAAGAGGAGGAGGAGGAGGAAGAGCAGCCGCCACCCCUGCCCGCCUCUGGCGAGGAGGGCAGGGCCCCUGACCCCGCAGCUGCGGCCCCCGCCCAAGCGCCCAGGCCCCGCCUUGACUUCAGGACCACCCUGAGGAAGCUCUUCAGCUCCCACCGGUUUCAGGUGAUCAUCAUUUGCCUGGUGGUUCUGGACGCCCUGCUGGUGCUCGCUGAGCUCAUGCUGGACCUGAGGAUCAUCCAGCCGGACAGGAAUAACUAUGCUGUCCAGGUGUUCCAUUACCUGAGCAUUGUCAUCUUGACCUUCUUUAUGAUGGAGGUCUCCUUCAAGCUGUUCGUCUUCCGACGGGAGUUCUUCCACCACAAGUUUGAAAUCCUGGACGCCCUCGUGGUGGUGGUGUCCUUCGCCCUGGACAUCGCCCUCCUGUUCCGGGAGCAUGAGUUCGAGGCGCUCGGCCUGCUCAUUCUGCUGCGGCUGUGGCGGGUGGCCCGCAUCGUCAACGGAAUAAUCAUCUCUGUUAAGACACGUUCAGAACGGCAACUGUUGAGGUUAAAGCAGAUAAAUAUGCAACUGGCCGCCAAGAUCCAGCACCUUGAGUUCAGCUGCGCCGAGAAGGAGCAAGAAAUUGAAAGACUUAACAAGCUGUUGCGGCAGCAUGGACUUCUCGGUGAGGUGAACUAGACGCGGCGCUGCAGGGAGCUGGGCCAGGCAGCAGCGGGGCCCUGCUGUGCAGCUUGCCGAGGCCGAGGGGGCUGGGCUGGCAACCGGCCUCCCUCCUGGCCUAACG